AUGGACAAUUAUACAGUUUAUUUUGGACAUGUUUUGGCAAACAGCUUCUACCCAGUCCUGCAACGAGCCAUCGGGGUGGGCAGAGCCUUCGAAGGUUGGAGUCCAUGUGAGGAGGAUGUUGUGUACCAGGUGCUCAUACCCAUGACUCCUCCCCGAGGACACAGCUUCCACCUGGAGCUGGACUCAGCAGAGCAGAGGCAGGGGAGGAACUUCCGUGUCCGCGUGCAGCUGGAGUGCACCUGCACCAAGGAGCAGCAGGCUGAGAACAUGCUGUGCUUCCUGCACCACCCUGAGGAGGAGCUGAGGAGCAAUCAGGAUCCCAGCCUCCUGGACACCCUGUGCACCGACUCCUACCUGGAUGUGCAGAAAACUGCCCGCUGGUUCUACCAGCUGGUGAGAGCCAUCUGGCCAGCUUUGCCUCAGUCACACAACUGGCAUUUAAAGCUGCUGCCAUCCAGACGCUCCUGCCAAUUCCAGGUGACCAAUGGCAGAAAAAGCUUCAGGAUUGAGAUGCUGUUUGGGGUGCGGAGAGGUGACUCCGACAUCUUUGUGAGCAGCGAGCCUGGAUAUGCCGGAAUGUCAAGCACUCUGUGGCCUGAGAGCUAUGCUGUGGCAGAGAUGAAGUUCUUCCAGCACAUCGCCAGCCGGGCCCCCCCUGACAGCUUGCACCUGAGAUGCCUGCAGCUCUUCACCCGUCUUGUGCUGGGCAUAGGCUUUUCCACCUACACCAUGAAAACCAUUGUCAUGCACCUCCUGAACAUCGUCCCCGUGUCACGGUGGCACAGGAGACAUUUCCUGAGGCGACUGACUGAUAUCAGCGAGAGCCUGCGCUCAUGCCUGGAAAUGAAACGCCUCAACCACUUCAUUGUGGGCAACCAGAGGCUUCCUGAGGACAUCCAUUUACCCCCAGAUGUUCAAACAGCUCAGCCAUACAAUCUCUUCCAUCGCCUGUCCAUGGAUCCGGUUGCCCACUCCCAGGCGAUGGGCGAGUACCUGGAUCUGCAACGUCAGCUCAUAGCAGUCCUCAGACCUGAAGAUUGA